AUGAUAUGGACAUAUAACUGUUCCCUCGGUUUCUCCUUCCUUCCUUUCUUUCUUCCUUCUUCCCAUCUUUUAUCUUCAUUUUUUUUUUUUUUUUCUUUCUUAAAUAUUUUCCAUUUCUCUUUUUUUUUCGUCUUUCCUUCAUUGAUCCUUCAAAUUUUCCUUCUUCCUUUUCCAUUUUUUUCUUCCUUUCUUUUUCUUUCCUUCUAUUCUAUCUCUUCUUUUUUCUUUCCUUUCUUCCUUUUAUUUCUUUUCUUCCUUUUUUUUCAUUUUUUUCUUUUAAAAAUCCUUUCUUUCAUUUUCCUUCCGUCUUUUAUCUUCCUUUUUUCUUUUUCUUUUUUCUUUUCCUUCUCCUUCCUCCUUUCGUCUUUUCAUUGCUCCCUUCCUCUUUUCUUUUUCCAUUCCUCUCCCCUUUCUUAUCCUUCCUUCAUUGUUCCUUUAUGCAACUUAAAGUCAUUUUCUCCUUCCUUCCUUUCUUUCUUCCUUCCGUCUUUUAUCUUCCUUUUCUUUUCUUUUCUUCUCCUCCCCUUCCCUCCUAUCGUCUUCUUCAUUGCUUCCCUUCCUCUCUUCUUUUCCAUUCUUUCUCCCUUCCUACUAUCCUCUCUUCAUUGCUCCCUUUGUAGUGAAUUCAUUCGUUUUCUCCUUCCUUCCUUUUUUCUUUCUUCCGUCUUUAUCUUUAUUUCUUUUUUUCUUUUCUUUUUCCUCUCCUCCCUUCCCUCCUAUCGUCUUCUUCAUUGCUCCCUUCCUCUUCUUUUUUUCCUCCCCUUCCCUACUAUCCUCUCCUUCAUUGCUCCCUUUGUGCGUUCGUUCAUUUUCUCCUUCCUUCCUUUCUUUCUUCCGUCUUUUAUCUUCCUUUCUUUUCUUCUUUUCUUUUCCUCUCCUCCCCUUCCCUCCUAUCGUCUUCUUCAUUGCUCCCUUCCUCUCUUCUUUUCCAUUCCUCUCCUUCUCUACUAUCCUCUCCUUCAUUGCUCCCUUUGUGCGUUCGUUCAUUUUCUCCUUCCUUCCUUCCUUUCUUUCGUCUUUUAUCUUCCUUUCUUCACUUCUUUUCUUCUUUUCCAUUCCUCUCCUCCCCUUCCCUACUAUCCUCUCCUCCAUUGCUCCCUUCAUGCGUUCGUUCGUUUUCUCCUUCCUUCCGUCUUUUAUCUCCUUUCUUUCUUCCUCUCUUCUUUUCCUUACCUCUCCUUUCCUUCUCUCCUAUCCUCGUCUUCAUUGCUCCCCUUGUGCGUUCGUUCGUUUUCUCCUUCCUUCCUUCCAUCCUUCCGUCUUUUAUUUCCUUUCUUUCUUCCUUUCCUUUCUUCUCCUCCAUUUCUCUCCUUUCCUCUCCCUCCUUCCCUCUCAUCCUCUUCUUCAUUGCUCCCUUCGUUCGCUCGUUCCAUCUUUCCUUCCAUCUUUUAUCUCCUUUCUUUCUUCCUUUCCUCUCCUUCAUUGCUCCCUUCGUUCCUCCCUUCCGUGGUUCGCGGGAAGAAGCUGUUUGAGAGGAACUUACUUCUCACCGAUGGAAUAAAGAGGAUAUGUGGGUGA